AUGGCCGGAAGCGUUUUCGCCCGCAAAGAGAAGAUCGCAUCUAGACCCAAGGUGAAAACUGGCUGUACAACCUGCAGGGUUAGAAAGGUCAAAUGCGACGAGAAGAAGCCAUUUUGUCAGAAGUGUAUCAACACCGGCCGUACUUGCGACGGCUACCAGUCCCCCUUUAAAUAUUUCAUCAGUCAACGCAUCAUUAGAGCUCCAAAUGACGGCAUAAAGUCGAACGAUGUUUUACCACCUAUCCGGCCCACCUUCCUUGGGAUUGCUCCUCAGGACAUCGACCUUCUUAGCCGUUAUUUCUCAACCAAAACCUUGUUCGAGGUGAAGCUAGGCUAUAACGAAGAAGCCAGGCAAGUCCUCCUGGCCAGCUUGACUGAUUCGCCCUUACGACACGCAGUCUUGUCUCUCAAAGCUCUUCGGGAAGAUCUCGAAACGUCCGGAGACGGCCCAGAGUCUGUCGUACAGCAGACCUCAAGCUUUCAAUACGGCCUCCAACAAUACAAUAUAGCAUUAAGGAGUCUUGCGUUUAACCUGUCAUCUCCAAGCUCUAGCGGGUUGAAGUCGGCAUUGCUUUGCUGUCAAGUCUUCAUCAGCAUUGAGCAAGUGCAGAAGAAUCAUGGUGCAAUGGCCCAGCAUAUCAUUCGAGGGCUAAGGAUCAUGCAUGAGUACCGGGCAAGGCCAACUUUUGUCACCCCGAACAAACUAGUCCCAGCAUAUCAUAGGCAACUGCCUUCCCUGGACAUUUUCAUCAUCAAAUUGUUUGCUGCACCAUGUAAAUUUGCAGAACCUCCAGCAACAGCCACAGUAAACGGGACCACGUUAUCUGCGGGUUUGAUCUCACUGCUUCAACAGCCUCUUGGAUCUCACGGCCUCCGCACGAUUGCGCCUGACAUGCGAACAAAACUUACAAGUAUCGCUACCUUGACGAUUGAAUUCCUCAGCAAGGUGUCACAAGUCGAUACGACGGACACCGCUCUUCGCCUGCUAUUAGAGAAAGCAACUUUGCUAAAAUCCUUAGAAUCGUGGCUCAAUGAUCUUGAAAUAGUUCUGACGACGAUCGAAUAUCCUGCUUCUGAGCCUCUCUCGGUGGCUUUCUUGCGCCUCUUUCAUCUGGUACUGAAAAUUGUUCUCUUGGGGGCAUUAGAAUCCUCACCAGAUCUUUAUGACAGACUGCGGCCCGAGAAUGAUCGAUUCCAAAACAUAGCCAACAACGUGGGUGAAAGAGUGAAGGCUUAUAUAAGGUGUAUUGGGACCAGUAGUGGUCGAGGAGAGCGCUCCACACUGCGCUGA